AUGAAAUUUCCUACUACCACUGUAGAUCCAUACGACUUGUACGACAAUGAUUUUAUCUACAGUGACCCGUUUGGGCAGGGCUAUAUCAAUAAUCGAGAUUACUUCGUUCAAGUAUUUUUUGGGUCUGAUCCAUAUGAUUUUGUCGAUAUCACCUGGACUGCUAGACAAAUCUAUGACGUCGCAGUUUUUGUCUGUUUCUUUGCGAACCUUCCACAUUUGUUCUUCUUGACGCGCAAAGAGUUGAGAAGCAAUUUAGUGUACAUCAUCAUGAUUGGAAUUUGCUUAUGUGAUUUGCUGCACGCGCUUGCUAAGAUGAGUUCAAUCUUCAUGACUUGGCAUAUUAUUUAUCCCCAAGAGAAAUGUCCGGCCACUUAUCCAUAUUAUCACGUGUGGAUCGAUGUGAUGGCUAUCACCCUGCAAAUUAUGUGUAGAAGAUGUUCUGGACUUUUGGCUCUGUUCAUGGCAGGAUUCCGAGCAUUUUCUGUUAUGUUCCCUAUGAGCAAUGCUGUCAAUUUCCUUAUGAAAGCGAAAUCUGGUUUUCUUAUUGUACUGCUGAUAGCCAUGAGCUGCGGUGGUUGGAGUUCGUGGUACUACAACGCUACAAAAAUCGUUAAAGUCUUGGAUUGCACAUAUAUACAAACCACAAGUUAUGUGCCUUAUCGACAGGAGAUUACUUCUGACGAAGAGAAUAGAUUCCGUCUAUAUGACGGAUAUUUAGCUGCUGUCGUGGUUCUACUCUAUGUUAUUGUCACUGGAGCACUUGUGAUUGCACUAUUUCUGGCUAAAGAGAGAAGAAAGAAUUUGAAGAAUCAAAAAGCUCCCAACACGUCAUCACUUGUCAUUGCCAUGGCUAUCUCCCUUUUCGUUUCCGAGUUAUCAUACGCAGUUUUAUUUGUUGCUGGAUUUUUUCUGCUCCGCGGUUUUGAUGAUCGACCUGCAAUCAUUCAACUCGAAUCGAUGGCUCUCACGUUAUCCAUCAUCCACUCUAUCACCCACUGUUUCAUUUGCUUUUUCAUGUCAUCCCAGUACCGGGAUACCGUCAAACGAUUCAUAUGGGCACCUAAGGCUAAAGACGUGAAAGUUGCAGUUGUCGAGGCUUCGAGUGCUCAUCCGUCAACAAAGAACACUUCGAAAACUUCCAACACUUCGAAGAAAACUUUCUGA